AGGACACAUUAACCCCGCAGUUACUUUGGGACUUCUUCUGGGUAGGAAGCUUUCAGUUCCUCGGGCUUUCAUCUACAUGAUUGCCCAGAUGGCGGGGGGUAUUUGUGGAGCAGGACUCGUGAAGGAUUGCAGAAAACUCCAUUCCAGGUGUUGGGCGGCGCGACGAAUACGGUCAGUGCAGAUUUCAGCAUCGGCACAGGUCUGGCAGCAGAAAUCAUCGGAACUUUCUUCCUGGUUUACGUGGUCUACUCUGCCACUGAUGCUACGCGCAAGGCCAGGGACUCGUAUGUGCCGGUGCUAGCCCCAUUGCCCAUCGGGCUUGCAGUUUUCGUUGUCCACCUCGCGACCAUUCCCAUCACUGGCUGUGGAAUCAACCCUGCACGAAGCUUCGGCCCGGCUGCUCUCUGGAACGACCAGCAAGCUUGGGAUGACCAGUGGAUCUUCUGGGUCGGUCCCUUCAUCGGAGCUACCUUGGCUGCCGCCUAUCACCAGUUCGUCAUCCGCACUUUGCCGCUAGGAUCACACUUCCUGUUCCCGACCAUGUCCGGCUCCAUGAGCAUUUCAGGAAGAAAACUUGAAACCAAGCUUUCAGGGUGAGGACGAAAAUACCAAGGACACUAAAUCUGCUGACAACAAAAUGUGAAGCUCAGGCUCGAGUACAUAUACUGAUCUGCAGCUGCACGUACCACUCUACUGUAAAUAACAACGAAGAGGUUCUUAUACACAGCCGGAGAGAAACCACGCCCUGAAGGUUCAGCAUCAACAAGGGUAAAACCUGAAAUCAUCUAUUUGCAGAGGACUAGGAUUACCCCCCGCAAUUGCGGAUGGUAAUCCUAGUAGUAAUCCGUCGCACAAAAAUAUGACCACUGGAGAAGCAGCUUUCAUGCCCAGGUUCUAGCAUUGUGUUCUCUCUCGGCUGAUUGCCCCGAAAAGGUAUUGACUGCGUUUGCCUCGGGUCGCAAGUGGGUUUCUAUACGACACUCGAAAGGGAAACUUGAUGCACAGAGGGCAAGAACACAUUGUGAAUCACGCCGACAAACCUACUGCCGUACAUCUCUUUCAUUAGUAAGAGCUUUGAUUAGAAAGAAGAAUUAGCUAAAUUCAGUAAACGUGGCAUGAACUUCCGUUGAGAGGCAGUUGAAGCAAUCUUCGAUCGCAUUGCCUCAAGUUGUGCAGUGGGUUAGAUCCAGUAAAAUAGCUUUCUGAUGCUUACAUGGCAAAAACAAAAGGAUUUUAUUUACAUUUCAUGUCCAUCCCAGAAUUGAGUGAUACCAAAAUGUCAAGGUAGUUGAGUUUGUAACUGCUUAUAACGCAAUACAUUCAAAACAGUAGACUACAUUUGUU